AUGAAGAGGCUCAGCAACUCUUCCUCUCUCCACUCUCUCAAGAACCUACUGCUCCAAAACCUCUACCCACAAGCCCUCAAAUCUUCAAUCUCUCUUCACAACCCACUUCUCACCGACACACUCUACGCCCUCUUCCUCCAAUCAGGCUUCAUUCUAGAUCCAUUCCUCUCCACCUCUCUCAUCACCCACUUCUCCCUCUCCGGCGACUUCUCACGCGCCACCCAACUCCUCCGUGACACCCCCCAACCCGACACCGUCGUCUACAACUCUCUUAUUUCUGGGUUUGCCCGUUUUAGCCGAUUCGACCCUGUUUUCGAGCUCUUCAAUGGGUUGAGGCAAUUGGGUCUGAACCCGGAUGUCUAUACACUUAGUUCUUUGAUCAAAGCCUGUGAUGAUUUGGAGCGCAAUGAGAUUGCUCAUGGAGUUUCCAUCAAAAUGGGUUUGGUCUCGGGCGUGUUCUUGGUCAGUGGGCUCGUCGAGAACUAUUCGAAAUCUGGGUGUGUUAAUGGAGCUGAGAAGUGUUUUGAGGAGUGCUUGGUUUUGGAUUCUGUGGUUUGGACGGCUAUGAUUAAUGGGUUUGUUUGGAAUGGAUUGUUUGAUAAGGGUAGAGAGAUUUUUAUGGGUAUGAGGGGUUUGGGUUUGGAAUUGAAUGAGUUUAGCUUGACUAGUGUGCUUGGUGCGCUGUUUGAGGUCAAAGAAGGUGAGCAGAUUCAUGGAUUCAGUCUAAAGAUGGGGUUUUUACGUGGCUGUUCGACUCAUUUGAACAAUGCAAUGAUGAAUUUGUAUUCUAGGUGUGGAAGAAAAUCUGAUGCUGUGAAAGUGUUUGAUGAAAUUCCUCAACCAGAUGUUGUUUCUUGGACGGGGCGAAUUGGUUCAGCCUAUGAUGCUGUAGAAGCUUUUGAAAAUUUUGAAAUUUGUCGCUCGAGAGGUUAUGAAGUAAAUGAGUAUACGUUGAGUAAUGUUCUGUCUGUCAUUCCAGGUCCAAAGUUGCUGAAUCUUGGAAAGCAAAUUCAUGCCCUUUGUUACAAGGCUGGACAUUUGCUUGUUGUUUCUGUUUGCAAUGCAAUAAUUUCUAUGUAUGGGAAAUGUGGAUUGAUGGGUUUUGCCAAGUGUGUCUUUGAUGAGAUGAUUUGUCGAGAUUCUGUUUCUUGGAAUUCUCUGAUAGCUGGUUAUUCUGAGAAUGGGAUUUUUUGUGAGGCCAUUGAAAUGUUUUCGCAGAUGCAUGAUUUCUUGAUACAGCCUAAUAAAUAUACUCUUGCUAGCAUUCUUGACGUUGUGUCCAACUCAUGUUCUACAAACCAGUCAAUGCAAAUACAUUGUCUAAUAAUUAAACUUGGAUUUGAGUCAGAUGAUUCCAUGUUGUCUAGUUUAAUAACAUCAUAUGGUAAAUGCAAUGGAAUUGAUGAAUCAAAGAGGGUGUUCGCAGAGAUUGAUGAACUGAACGUUUUACUACUUAAUGCCAUGGCAUCAACAUUUGUCCAUUCCAAUUAUCAUUUUGAUGCCCUGAAAUUGUUCCAGGAGGCACAAAGCUUGUCCCUUGAAAUUGACAGUGUAAUUUUUAGCAUAGUUCUCAAAGCUUGUGGCGUGUUGACAGAUCUGGAACUAGGAAGAACAAUUCAUUGUCUGGCUUUUAAAUUUGGAGUUGAUCAUGACAUAUUUGUUGAAACUGCUGCAAUCGAUGCUUACUGUAAGUGUGGUAGCAUAGCUGAUGCAGAAAAAGCUUUUAGGGUUAUAUCUAAGGACAAUUUGGCUGCUUGGAAUGCCAUGUUGACGGGAUAUGCUCAACGCGGUUGCUUCCAUGAAGUUUUUGAUCUAUUCAUGAAAAUGCUUGAAUUGGGAAUGAAACCUGAUGAGAUAACAUACCUAGGAGUUCUCAGUUCAUGUUGCCAUGCAGGGUUAGUGAAUGAAGCACAAUCUCACCUAAACUCUAUGUUUGAAUUUCAUGGGGUGAUCCCAUGUUUAGAACACUACGCUUGUGUGGUUGAUGUGCUUGGUCGAGUUGGACUUGUAGAAGAGGCAAAGAGGAUCAUUGGUCAAAUGCCUAUUUGCCCCGAUGCUCAAAUAUGGCAGAUUCUUUUAUCAGCGUGUAAUAUCCACGGAAAUGUUGAACUAGGAAAAGUUGCUGCGAGAGAACUUCUUCAGUUACAGCCCGAGAAUGACUCUGCUUAUAUUCUUCUCUCGAAUCUCUAUGCCUCUGCUGGUAUGUGGAAUGCUGUUGGAAGCCUGAGAAAGGAAAUGAAACAAAGAAUAAUCUAUAAGGAACCUGGUUCUAGUUGGAUUCAAGUUAGAGGAUCAAUCCGCUACUUCAUUGCUGGUGAGGCAUUGCAUCCUGAUAGUAAAGAAGUUUGUAUGAUGCUGCGAAAUUUGAGCAAGCAGAUGAUUCUACUGCCCGACUCAGAGCAAGAUAGCGUCAUCUCAUUGGACCCAUAA